AUUGAAGUUCCAAACCAAAGAUCGCGACGAUUGUUCGUGAUGUACCGUAUGGAUUUUGUUAGAUGCUUURUUGUACCAUACGAGCAUGGUGGUCGUCGUUGAAGGCUAGUAUGUUCUCCUUCUUCUUCGAGUGCGCUGCCGAGAAUUUCAUCCCUUUGGUCCUUUUGCAUCAUCCUCGUUGAUCUCCACCAAACUGUUCACAACUACUACAACCCGAUAUAAUACUCUACAAUGAAGACCACCGCAUCCAUCCUCCUUGCCACCGUUGCGACGGCCGCUGCCUUCACYAGCCCAAGCACCCAAUCUGCUUCUACACAAUUGCAAUCUGCGCAAUCCGAUUUGGAAGCUUUGGCUGUCGACCUCAACCCCUCUAUCAAGUACUAUGAUCCUCUUAGACUUACUACCUGGAACUUCUGGGAACAAGGAGAUGAAGCUACCAUUGGUUUCCUUAGACACGCAGAAAUCAAGUGAGUUUUCCAACGUCGUAUUAUAAUUGAUCUUCGACAUCUCAAAAGUCGCCCUUGUCGUUCAGAAAUUCAAGCUAUUGCACUCAUGCUUAUUGAUUUGCUUUUWACUUCAAUUCGAAUGUUUGACUCCUGCCGCGUUUGGAUUUUUUUUGUUUCUAUACGAAUACGGCAUUCGUUUGUUUCUAUUUCUGUUCCUAAYUACGAAAGGCACGGACGCGUCGCUAUGGCUGCCUUCGUUGGAUACUGCGUUCAAUCCAACUUCCACUGGCCUUGGGCAAUGAAGCUCGAUGGAACCGCCUUCCCCAGCACCGAUUUGUCCCCCCCUGAACAAUGGGCAGCGCUUCCCAUCGAAUCGAAACAUCAAAUUCUUACCGUUAUUGGAUUCUUGGAGAUCUACAGUGAAUUGGCCUCCAGUGUCACGGACCCAGAUGUGUACCAACCUCACUACAUGAAGGGUGGUAAGCCCGGUGCCUACCCCAAGUUUGGAGCGGCCGUACCCCACCCUGUCCCUUUCAACUUGUAUGAUCCUUUCGGAUGGUCCAAGAACCGAAGUGAGGAAGCCAAGGCUCGAGGAUUGGUCGCAGAAAUCAACAAUGGACGAUUGGCCAUGCUUGGUAUUUUCGGAUUUUUGUUGGAGCAAACCCUUCCUGGAUCCAUUCCUCUGCUUGGUGACAUCGUCAAGCCAUACAGCGGUGACUUGAUUGCCGGAAAGGCCUUCACCUUCUAUUAAACACCCAGGUUUAGUAGUUCACAGUAGUAUGUAGGCAGUAGUUGCAGCUAUAAACGACCAAAGACUGCUUCUGGCAGAUCGCACCGUGCAAGCAAUGCUGGAUAACGAAGUGAGAGUUGAGCCGAUGUUCACUCAUUCCGGUUCCUCCAAUCCAGUCGAGGGAGAAAGCGAGAGGAUUGUGAUCUCGUUUUUUGUCCUGAAAUUUUCGCUCUUUAAGUACUUCACAGCAAUAUAAAAUACAACACUUAAAGCGGGAUAUUCAAUUACGACUUUCAACCCAAUGCUCUACUCUAGAAUACAUCGAUUCCAUGGAUAAACUUUGUCAGAUAAACAUUGCCGAUGUCUAGUAGUGUCAGUAGAACGUACAGCUUCUAUUUGAGCGUUCUAAUCACGUCGCUAUCUCGUUGCUAUCACGUAGAACCACCACGAAGUUUCUCUACUAUUCGUAUCACAGCACAUCUGUUUCAUUUCGAGGUAGUGCUACUCGACUGUUGAUAGUGAUGAUAAGAAGUCAGUUCGGAACAGGUUUCUGUUUCAGUACGUUUCUCCGUGAAAUUCCGGAGURAAUUAUCUACUGCUAUCGAUUUUCUAUUGUGCUGGCGUAAUCYCUCUCUCGCGAAAGUGUUCGUUACCGAAAGAUGUUGUGAUGGUUGUGCAAGCUCCCCUCUGCCUUUUUUGAUUCCUUUUCUGACAAAGYAAUCAUCUCGCGGAAUGCAUGUCCUACUUUCUCACGGACUUGUCUUUCUUUGAGACGUACAUACAUACCAUUCCCUACCUUUUUGAUGAAUCGUGCUCCGACUUUUUGCUCAUUUAGGAGGAGGUCGAUGACGGAUUUGAUGACGUAACUCUUUUCCUCUCGACUAGGAGCGUCCAUGUAUCGCUUGAGAUUCAUCAUUAUCGUGACACGAAACCGUCGGUUUCCGACGCAAUUGUGAGCCCCGUUGUUUCGACCGCAGAUAAUAUCGUAGGGUCUGGUUUCUUUAAUGUAUUCAACCGUGCUUUCCUCUUCGGCAUCGCUGUUAUUCUUGCUACUAGUGCUAUUUUGCAAAGGUUUUGGCGCGGGCAAGCUACUUGGUGGUAGGGGAGAUCGCCGUGCUGCUUCCUCUUCCCAGACUGACCGUUCGCGUUCCAAUGCUUGGGGUUUCGCUGUUAUUAUUGUGUUGUCCUUCAUCAAAUUUCGAUCUUCGACAUGGGGUCUCCCCAUGRUUCGACUGUUUUCAAAAAACCCUGUCAUUUCUGUAUCGACAGGAGUUUUUUGAAACACUUUCACGAGUUUCUCUCCGUCGAAGCUACUCCCGCUGUCUCGUCUCUCGGUAUCGAAGUCCGAGGUCAAUUGUUCAUUCGUGGGUUGGAAAACGUCCAUGAGCUGAUCCCCAUCGUAAAUUUCCUCUCUCUGCAUACUCGCAAAAGUUACUGCACUUUCGAUACUGAUUCGAUCCUCCCGGUGUUUGUCAUUCCUAAGAUUGAAUGUAUUGAUAUUCAUCAUCGUAAGUUUCAGUUUUUGUUUGUCUUUUGAUAUUUACUUUUUUWAAAAUGGAAGUAAAAAUAYUAUAAUUCAGACCGACUCUGAGUCACGAGGUAAAUCGCUUUUGCUGCACGAGCCAAUAAACUCUUCGCGCAACAAGUGUUUCUAAGCAGGAAAGUGAAACGCUCUUCGCGUAUACCAGGCACCUCAUCACUGAAUCUUGGUUUGUAUUUUGCGCGGAAGAAGAAGUAAUUACUGACGUCUUGACCUUUUUCACGACUAGUUAGUAUYAUUGAAAUAAUGUGAGAAUACUUCAAUGAAUGAUAUAGGCCCAAGUUUAAUUUGACUGCGUGUGGAAAUAUCAGUGAAUACCUAAAACCAGAACAACUUGAAUGAAAAAAGUUAUUUCAAGAGCAAUAGUACGAAGCAAUAGAAUGAAUCCUUCCCAAGCGAUUUAAUCUCCUUUGCAAGAUUUCAGUGAAUGUCCCAUGAUUCGUCAAAGACUAUUCCAUCGUUUAGAUUGCGAUAAUACCACAAAGUCCAGCAUUAUUUUUUGUGUCAUCAUAAAUAAGAGACGCUGCACGCUUGGGCCCUGUAAAUUUUCUACCAGAUUUAUCUGUCUGUUGUUAAUGUUUGGCACACUAAAAAUAUAAAUAUUCUUCUUUUAACAAUGUCUAUAUCCUAUCCUGGGCGAUUUUUCUUCCAAAAAAAUCGGUAUUGGUGAAUUCCUGCUUACAUAAUUUGUGCAAAAAUAUGCCAUUUUCAAUAUUUUUCAUGGUACCGGUAGRGAGACGUAGCAACUAUCAUUGGAUAUGUAACUCAGUACCGUACAUAUUGUUCAUUUAUGCAGGAUUGAACCCUUAGAAGAUCAGAAACGCGUUACCAACACGAGACUUUAGAGUAAAAAUUCAAUUCCUAGUGAUAUAUCGAAAUGCAAGCUUUGGCGCUGCUGGAAAAUUUUCUAAAGAAAAGCCAGAAUAWAGAUGGGAGUGGGUUGAAUGUUCGGGGAAAGGUGUUGCAAGUACGUUGCAUGGCUUUCAACGGYCUUGAUCACAAUAUUUUUCGUUGCUUACAUCAAAUCGCGGUGUCCUCGUUGUGUAUUCAGGAUAUGUCAAGAACGAGAACCAGAAUUACGCAUACGUACUUCGAAGCCUUUGAACACAUUCUCAUCUCAAAAAUGCUUAACAAAGUUGCGACAUGGAUCUUGAUUGUUGCAGUAGAUGUUUGAAAGCAGAUGUCUACCCCUGAUAUACUUUCGUCUUWRAUGACUGUUGUGUUUGUAGUUGGUUGACUUCGUUUCAUAACCUAUUUCACGGUUCUAAAUAUCAUUAUAAUAACGUUACUGCUUUCAAUUUGGUGCAAGAUGGAUGCUUCGUGUGUAAAUUAAUUAGUAAAAGAUAGCAAYCCCUCAYCUCAAAUUGAACCGAGUGCCAUACUAGUAUUUCGCUCAGCAGUCGAGGUUCAGGGAUUUCGACGUAAUGGAUGGACUGGGGACUAUUCCACCCGGAUUCAACGGAAAUAACUGUCGGUAGUAGGAUUCGCAGGCAUCGCUGAUGUCGAUCGAUUCCCGGACGCCGGGGACUUCGUUCCAGCAUUGCUUCAUCCACCGAAAAAUGGACGGAUAGUCGCAUUGCAACCGCAAAUGGGUCCCGCCAGCAUUGAAAAGAGGUCCAUAGACUCCGUCGUACCGCAACAUUGUCGGGAGAAGCAUCAGGUCCGAUUCGGUAAAGAGCUCAUCGUCGGAAACGAAAGUUUGUUCYGACAAGAUCUCUUCGAGCAUGCCCAUUCCCUUCAGGACAUCUCUGGAGGCGGAGUCGUAGGCACCUUGCGUCGUAGCAAACCCACACCGGUAGACUCCAUUGUUGACCAGUUCGUAAAUCCAUUCGUUGCGCUCGUCAACCACAGCCUGUAGAUCCGCAGGAAUGGACGCCGGAUCCAGUGCAACKACCRUCUGGGCUGUUGUUGUCUCGCUUGAAGGUCCUGUCUCCSCCGAUUCGGCACGCAACAGCAGUGGAAGCAUUCGAACAAUGUCCUUGGAUUCGUUCGAUACAAUGCGACGGGUCUUCCAAUCAACUAGCAGGGGAGCCGUGCAACGGCCAGUGUAUCCCGGUGAUAGAUAAUCGUAGAGUUCUCGUAGGUCCUUGAAUUCUUCGGGUUGAAUYGAAGAUGUUGAAGACGCCUUGCYGUUUCURCUAUCGUCAAAGAUCCAUCCACCACGGCUGGCCUUCUCKGGAUUGUCGAUCAGAACGGUCACGCCAUCCAGUGUAGACUCCAAACCCAAAAGAUACACUACCAGUCGGACCCGAUGGCACCAUGGGCACGGAUUUCCCACGUACAAGUGAUACCGACCGGCUUCGACGGGGAACUCUGCACUGUCGUCCUCGCUAAUGACAUUGUCAAACCCAUAGGUAGGGCGCUUAUAAUCCCCUGUGGUCUUGUCCCGCGGAGCUAGUUCGGUCAUGAAUCUCAACCAGAURAACUUCCAAAAGAAUUUGGCGGUUUUGACAAUGUUUCCCUGUGGAACAACCUUGGAAGCAACCUCCAACAAAUUGAAUCCCUUGUC